GCUCUCUGGUGCUCCGAAACGGACAUAAGAAGCAUCAUCACUGCACAUGAUCGCUAGUUAAAUUAUACUGCAUUCAUGUGGUGUCAGAAUAAUCGGAAAAAUAAUUUCCCGACUGAGAAAAUUCACGUGAAUGCAAGUCGGAACAACAACACGGAAAGUCGAAGAACAUGGCAGACAACAGUGAUUGGUUAAUGGUAAGAAACUUUUGAUUAAUGGGGCAAAAUCACGUAUUGCAUAUCAAUUUUUUGCUAACAUGUAAUUUGUACUAUGGUAUUAGGUUAUAAUGGUUAGUUGCUGUCCAUGUAGAUUGACGUAGAUUAAUUAGAAAAGUUAUUUAUUAGCAGUAACCCUGAUAAGUCAGGUAAAGCAAUAUUUAGUGGUUUCAGGUAAUGUAAUACUGCAGUAACAACUCUGGGACAAAAUCACUUCGUAAUAUAAAGCUCUGAUAAUACAAAUCCAACACAUCUUUGUAGUAAUGUUAGUUUCCAUGUUGUUUUCACAUUCCGACUAAAAAGCACAACUCGAGAAAUGAGACCAUCAGAGGAGCGCGUGAAUGCAGCAAUUACACUUGCUCUGAUGGCAGCAGGUAGCCUACCGUUAGCUAGCUACAUUAAACGUGCUUAAAUUAAAAUGCCUAAAGCUAAACGUUCUAAAGUGUGGCUGUAUUUCGCAAGAAAGGAUUCCGACACCGCAACGUGCAACAAAUGUUUUACAACAAUUGCGUGUAAAGGGGGAAACACGUCAAACCUAAUGAAACAUUUGAGGACACACGGGAUAAACUUCAAAGCAGAGGGAUGUACCAUGUUCGACAGCUUGCGGACAUCAGCUGGUAGUGUGGGUGUCCCCGGCCCCAGUCAGACCAACCCUAGCAAAGUGGAGACCAUUGAUUAUGACGACGACAGCAGCCUUUCUGCAGCUAGUAGUACUAGAAGUACAGUGACCCCAUUCACCUUGGCAAAGAAGGCUACUUUGACAAAGGAGAAGGUGGAGGAAUUCCACAGGGCUGUGACCAAAAUUGUGGUCAAGGGACUGCAUUCUUUUUCCACUGUGGAAUCUCCAUGGUUCAGAGAGAUGACCACUGCCCUUAAUCCCCACUACUGACCCCCAUCCAGGGAUGAUCUGUCCAACACGCUUAUUCCUGCAUGGUACUCUGUUGAGAAACAAAAUGUUAUUCAGGAGUUAGCACAAGUGAGUAAGGCUGCUAUUGCAUGUGAUGGGUGGACCAGUGUGGCACAGGACCACUAUUUAACAGUUACUGUGCACUACACCAGUGAUGAUGGCCACAUUAAGCAGAAGGUGCUAAACACCAAAGCUGUGUAUGAGUCACAGACAGGCCUUGUGGUGGCAGACGAGAUAAAUUGCAUUCUGGAGGAAUUCCAGAUAAACACUAAAGUUGUAGAUGCCACAGUAGACAACGCCAGCAAUAUGGAUGUUGCACUGAAGAAUCUGAAGUUUUUAAAGGUUGGGUGCUUUGCCCAUACCCUAAACCUGUCAGCACAGAAGGUUUACAGCAUCAGUGCCAUUACAAAUUGGUGUGCCAGACUUCGAGCUAUCGGGGUGUGGCUGAAGAGAUCAUCCAUGGCUAAGACCGUCCUGCGGGAGAAGCAGCAACUUCUCAAUCUGCCGGAACACAACAUGAUUCUGGAUGUCAGAACACGGUGGAACUCCCUUUUCCUGAUGGUGGAGAGAUUUUUGGAGCAGUACCCGGCCAUCCAGGCAGCAUCACUUGACCAACGACUCAGGAAGCCAAUGGAGAAACUGGAAAGGCUCACAGAUGAUGACUUCCAGAAAGCAGAGGAUUUUGUUAAAAUCAUGAAGUUGUUGUACACCUCAACCCUCUGUGUAUCCAGUGAGAAGUCCCCAACAUGUGGCCAAAUUCUCCCCAUACUGACUAAGCUGAAGGCGCAUUUCACGGUGGCUGAAGAGGACACUCUGUUUACUAGUGCUUUGAAAGAGAAGGUCUGGGGAGAUCUGGAAAAACAAUAUCAGGAUGAAGACAUUCAGAACUUCCUCCAGGAGGCCACUUUAAAUGGACCCUCGCUUCAAAGGCAAACUUGGAUGUGCUGUUGCUGAUACUUGGGGCCAGUUGGAGAAAGCAGCAGUUUGCAAUGUAACAGAACAGCUUCCAAUGGAGGGCCUUCAGGACAUUGAGGAAGAAGGAUCGGAUGACCAUGCGGAGGACAAGGCAGAGGAAUAUUCUCCAUCUCACAAGAAGUGUGCCAAGAAGUCAGCCCUAGAAGAGCUGUUUGAGGAUGAGUACCGAGAGCUACCUCAGGCAAUGACCACUAAAAGUGGUGCCCUCUCCAUAGCUGAACAAAUCCAGAAAGAGAUUGAGAUCUACACAGGUCUGCCUUCAAUCCCAUCAGGACAAGACCCUGCAGCCUGGUGGUGGGGGAAGCAGGACAGCCUUCCCAUAUUGUCUGCACUUUUAAACACAUACCUGUGUGUACAGGCCUCAUCAACACCAUCUGAGAGGGUUUUCUCCUGUGCAGGACAUGCAAUAAGUCAGGAGAGGUGUCGUAUUUUGCCAGAGAAGGCAAAUAUUGUCAUAUUUCUGCAAAAGAAUUGCUGAAAUUUGAAGCUGGUUUGUAGCAUACCAAGAA